CCUUAUUUAAACUCCAUCAUUUUAAAACCGCGUCGUCCUCACCAACCACCACCCCCUAAAAAAAAAAAAACCCAAAAAAAGUUUAGAAAAAAGGAGCUCCCUUUACCUCUCUCGCCAUUAAAACUCCUCUCGAAGGAUUGGGUUUUGUGGAAUUGGGUUCGCGGUGGUGGUGGUGGUGAUGGAUACGUUCUUCGUGUCGCACGGAUCGCCGACGCUUUCGAUCGACGAGAGGCUCGCGGCGAGGCAUUUCCUCAAGUCGUGGAGGGCGAAGGUGUUGUCGGCGCCGCCGAGGGCGAUACUCGUCGUCUCCGCGCACUGGGACACGGCGGAGCCCGCGGUCAACGCCAUCGACGGGCCCUCCGACACCAUCUACGACUUCUACGGGUUCCCCAAGCCCAUGUACCAGAUCAAAUACCCAGCACCAGGUGCACCAGAUUUGGCCAGGAGGGUGAAGGAGCUGCUCAAAGAAGCCGGGUUUGGCCGCGUUAAAGAAGACAAGUCGCGGGGUCUCGACCACGGUGCCUGGGUUCCCCUCAUGCUGAUGUACCCGGAGGCGAACAUUCCGGUGUGCCAACUCUCCGUUCAAUCCGAUAGAGAUGCGACGUACCAUUACAACAUGGGGAAGGCCCUGGCCCCGCUUCGCGACGACGGAGUGCUCAUUUUCGGCUCAGGAAGUGCCACUCAUAACUUGAGACUGAUCGACAGAAAUGAUGGUCCUUCCCCGCCCCCACCAACAUGGGCCUCGGAUUUUGAUAAUUGGCUCAAGGAUGCGCUUCUCAGCGGAAGGUAUGAAGAAGUGAACCAUUUUGAAGAGAAGGCGCCUUGUGCUAAGAUUGCUCACCCAUGGCCAGACCACUUCUACCCUCUUCAUGUGGCUCUGGGGGCCGCGGGCGAGAAGCCCAAGGCCGAGCUGAUCCACCACAGCUGGAGCAACGGCUCCCUCUCGUAUGCAUCGUAUCAGUUUACGAGCGCUGCGUGAUGUUUGCUUCAGCGAAGCAAACAGAUCUGAAAACCCCUGCUCACUAUCUCUUUCAUUUUUCUGUCGUGUAUAUCUGUUGUGUGUGUGUGUUACAGACUGGCUCAGCUUUCAUCCUACUGUUGCCUGAGCUACUUUCUCUAGCAUUUCUGAUGUAACACUGCAAUAAACUACGUUACUAUUUUAUAUAAAUCUCCAUGCGGCUUGUAUUUAGAUGA